CAAGUUGUAAACGCCGUGCUUGUAGCGUUGUUGCACGAAACAGUCCAAAGUGUUGCGUUUGUUAGUAUUCUCACGUUUUCACGGUGACUUUAAUUGGAUUCGUUAUUCAAUUGAGUGGGUCGGUGUUACGUACCUCUGCGAAGAUUGUACCAACGAUCAUGUGUCUCCUUCAAUAAUUUAGUGGCUUGCCUGUAACCAAAAUACUUGACGUGAUUUAAGCUAGUAAAUCACUCAGCUGAGUCAAAUCUCAAAAUGGCCGAUGACAAAAUGAAAGGAGAUCAGGAUUUUAAAAACCACAGUAACAAUUCGACUACGUCGCCACUUCAAGCAAAACCAGCAUCUGGAUUGAAGCCAAAUUAUGCUCUAAAGUUCACCCUAGCUGGGCACACAAAGGCUGUGUCAGCUGUGAAAUUCAGUCCCAAUGGAGAAUGGCUUGCCAGCUCAUCUGCUGAUAAACUUGUUAAGAUUUGGGGCGCAUAUGAUGGCAAAUUUGAAAAGUCCAUCACAGGUCACAAGCUCGGGAUCUCAGAUGUGGCCUGGUCUUCUGAUAGCCGCCUACUUGUCUCUGCCAGUGACGACAAAACCCUUAAAAUCUGGGAACUCAGUUCAGGCAAAUGUUUGAAAACUCUAAAAGGACACAGCAAUUAUGUUUUCUGUUGCAAUUUCAACCCCCAGUCCAACUUAAUUGUGUCAGGCUCAUUCGAUGAGAGUGUCCGCAUUUGGGACGUCAAGACGGGAAAAUGUUUGAAAACCCUCCCUGCCCAUUCUGAUCCCGUGUCAGCAGUCCAUUUUAACCGAGAUGGAUCUCUUAUCGUUUCUUCGAGCUACGACGGCCUUUGUCGCAUCUGGGACACGGCUUCCGGUCAAUGCCUAAAAACGCUGAUUGACGAUGACAAUCCACCCGUCUCAUUUGUCAAAUUUUCACCCAAUGGAAAAUACAUCCUGGCUGCCACUCUUGACAACACACUGAAAUUAUGGGAUUAUUCCAAGGGCAAAUGCUUGAAAACCUAUACUGGACAUAAGAAUGAAAAAUAUUGUAUCUUUGCCAACUUCUCAGUUACUGGAGGAAAAUGGAUCGUGUCUGGUUCUGAAGACAACAUGGUUUACAUUUGGAACUUGCAAACGAAAGAAAUUGUUCAAAAACUUCAAGGUCAUACAGAUGUCGUGUUGUGUACUGCAUGUCAUCCUACUGAAAAUAUCAUCGCAUCUGCUGCACUGGAAAACGAUAAGACUAUCAAGCUCUGGCGCUCGGACACGUAGAAGAACUUAGCUUUGUCGAAACAAACUAAUAAAAAAAAAUGGACGAUGAAAUGCGGUGUUGAUGCGUGUACUUUAUAGGAGAAUUUUUGAGAAAAAGUGAUGCAAUGUCUUGGUAAAAAAAAACGUUUGCCAGGCAUUCUUGACUUCUCGUGGCCACUCCUCGUCGACAAUACAUUGUUUUUUUUUUUUU